AGUUGUAUGGCGCACCUCGUCAUGUUGUAGCUGCGUAGUACUUGCGCCCGGGCCAGCUGGAUGGGCUGCAGGCCGGGCGUUUUCUGCUUGCUGCCAACGUCAUGCCCUGGCCAGCGCGUGAGCAGAAUGGGCGGGCCGCCUUGGUUGCCCGCUGGCUUUCCAGGAGGGUGGGCGGUUGUGUUGGCGCUUCAGCAUGGCAAAAGCCGACCGGAGGCGCGAAGGAUGUUGCCGCAGUACACAGGCUCCCCUCGUCCUGCAUCAAGUGGGCGGCCUUGUCCCUGGACACGGACCCGUACGGGCAGAAGCGCUCAUUGGCCAGCUGCCGCGCAAAAGAAAGCGACGGCAUUCGCGAAUCGCGUCGCAAAUGCAAGGGCGCGCCGACCAAACCAAAAGCGCCCGCGCGCCGAAAGGCGCCGGCCGCUCAUUUUCUUGCCCGCCCAGGCUACCGGUCCCGGCCGCCUGCCGUGUUGAUUGCCUGGGACCGCGCAGCGCCCCAGGGCUUCCGGCAGCUUCCGCCGCUCCAUGCAUUGCCCCUUGUGCGCGCUCGCUUUCUUUCGCGCCACGUGUGCCAGGCAGCGCGCCGGCUCCGUGUUGCGGCCACUGCUGCAGCCGCGCUUCGUGUUGGCACCGUGCGACCAGCCCCGGGGGCCGAGCGCGCAAUAACUUUCGGGCCCCCUUUACAGGCGCGGACGCACCAUUCCUGCAGCCGCCCCUCGCUCUGUGCUUCGGGAGUACGUAGUCAAGGGGAAAGCUGUAAGCGAUGGGGCAGAAAGGUGAAGAUAUACAGCUAGUACUUUCGCAUAUUUG